AUGGAAGCUUAUUCAUCAUCAACGACAGUGUUAGAAUCAAUUGAUGAAACAGUUGGUGUUGCUUUAAAUGAGAUCAAAAUCACAUCAAAUAAAGCAGCUCAGCCUAUCCAACCAAUCAAAAAGAAACGUUCUCCAUUGAAAGAUCAAAAGCUCAGUGCAGUUGAUACACUAGGAAAUGUUUAUACAACUCCUGAGUUCACUCUUAAGGACAUUAUAUCUGCUGUUCCCAAACAUUGUUUCAGAAAAAACAACUGGAUUUCGUUUUCAUAUAUUUUGCAGGAUGCGAGUGCACUGAUAGUGUUGGGGAUUUUGACACAUUACUAUAUUAUGCCUAUGGUAGACAAUGUGUUUCUAAGAUUUGUUUGCUGGUGUCUCUAUUCAUUUGGUCUUGGUGCUUUUAUGACUGGGUUGUGGGUUGUGGGCCAUGAUUGCAGUCACAAUGCCUUCAGCGAGACAAUGAUACUUAACGACAUUGUUGGGUGGUUCUUGCACUCGUACACCUUGGAGCCCUUUUUUGCUUGGAAAGAUGGGCACAAUGCCCACCACAAGUCCAAUGCCAACAUCCAGAAGGACAAUGCCUGGGUUCCAAUCGAAAGAGAGAGGUAUUUGAGACAGCAUGGAGUGAAAACAUUGAAGGAAAUUGGAGAAGAGGCACCAGUUGUUACAUUGCUUAACAUCAUAAUCCGCCAUUUAAUCGGCUUUUUCUUACACAUUGUGGUGAAUGCUUCAGGGCAGUACUACAGCAGAUUCUAUCCUGGGGAACCAGACACUUUUGCCAACAGACUCAAGACCAGUCAUUUCAAUCCAAAAUCUCCCAUCUUCAGCGAGAGAUUCAGAAACAAUUUGUCGUUGCACAUUGUGAGUGACAUUGGGGUUUUGAUCACCAUAAUAUCACAGUACUACAUCUACUCGGUGUUGGGAUACGGCUGGUUUAAUUUCAUGGUCAACUAUUUCAUUCCCUAUCUCUGGUUCAACCACUGGGUGGUUUUGAUUACAUUUUUGCAGCAUUUCGAUCCAAUAUUACCCAAGUACGAUGAUUCAGCAUGGACCUAUGUCAGAGGAGGAUGCUGUACCAUCGAUAGAAGUCUUGGAUUCCUUGGAAAGUACAUCACCCAUUUGGUGUCGGAGGCUCAUGUUAUCCACCAUUUCUGUCCAACAAUUCCCCACUACCAUGCAAUGGAAGCGACAGAAGCAAUAAAGCCUGUGAUGGGAGAACAUUACAAGUCAACAGACGAGAGCUUGUUUGUCAGUGUGUACAAAGUCUCGCGCCUCUGCCAGUUUGUCGAGGGCAGCAAUGGAAUGCUCAUGUUCAGAAACACCAACAAUCUAGGUGUCCCACCCCAGGCAGACGACAAGCAGUGA